AUGAUCCAAUUCGGCAAGAGGGCGGGGUGGAACGGCGCUCAGUACCUUACAAUUGAUCAACCAUUGAGCAAUUAUGUUUCCGCAGUGAUGGUGCAGGCUCGCCGUCAAGCGAUCAUUGGUACCAGCCGGCCGGACAUAUUACCUACAUACAUUGACCUACCUACCCGACUAAUAAUGACUGUAACCCAGGAACAACUUAACCACAUGGGCUCCUCCUACCAUGAAUUGAAGCAACAAGCAAUUUUGAGAUUUUUUAUAUUCAAGAUGUCCCAGAAGACCCCUCGGUAUGUGGGUUUCCCGCCUGCGCUUGAGAUCACAUAUGUUGGUUCUAGCUCGUUGGAAAUGGGUCCAGAUAGCCGUCCAAAGGAAAACAGUGGAACGAGAGCCACCAUCGCGGGGCCAAUCCGUGUCAGCAUUCCUUCCGUCUCUUUCCUUGCAGUUACAAACCACUCUGAAAUUUGGGGUACAACAAUAUUUCACACUCUCACGUUGGCAGUGGUGUCAGGCCUGGAGGUCAAUUUGUUUGGCGAAUUAACGGACGCCAGGGGCAGCUGGAGAGGACCCGCCAAAAGAAACAACGAUUGA